AGCCAAGCUAGCCUGCCCCUAGUCCCCUUACCCCUGCGGCCCUGCCCCUGCCCCCGCUCCCGAUUCCGCCGCCGCAUCCGACCCAACCCGCUGCGAUCCCCUCCGCCGUGGCGUCGGCGACUCCCUCUCCCGCGACGCCCUUUCAUCGCUGCAGUUGAUACGCCACCCGAGCGGUUCCUUCCCUCCUCUCUUCCUCCCCUUGUCGCUCUCCGCAUCGCCGCAGGCCGUAGGGCGCCACCGCGUCAGAAGGCGCGAUCCAUGGACCGGUCGAUCAACUUCCGCGGCAUCGCCGGGAGCGCCGGCAACAUCAUGCAGGGAAUGGGGAAAUUCGUUUUCGGCAACGAGGGACUCGACUCAAAGGAAGAUAGCUAUGUUGAGAGAUACCUUGACCGGAUAAGCAAUGGCACCAUACCUGAUGACCGGAGAUCUGCCAUGACUGAGCUGCAGUCUCUCGUGGCCGAAAGUCGCUUAGCACAGAUGUCGUUUGGAGCGAUGGGUUUUCCUAUCCUCCUCAAUAUUUUUAAAGAAGACCGCGAGGAUGUAGAGCUUGUGAGAGGUGCACUGGAGACCUUUGUGAGCGCAUUGACUCCUAUUGAGAUGUCACAAGGGCCAAAGACUGAGGUUCAACCAGCAUCAGUGAAUUCUGAUCUGCUGUCUCGAGAAACGGAGAAUAUUUCUCUUCUUCUGAGCUUAUUGUCAGAGGAAGACUUUUAUGUGAGAUACUACACAAUCCAACUUCUAACAGCUCUACUUACAAACUCGCUGAAAAGGUUACAGGAAGCAAUUCUAUUGAUUCCCCGUGGUAUAACAGUUCUAAUGGACAUGCUUAUGGAUCGUGAGUUCUUGUUCAUAUAUGGCCGUGGCGGUUGGCGUGCCGCCCUCUUCAUCAUCGGGACAGUGUAAAUAUAAGAAGGACGAUACAUCAGCACCUAAAGGAGGUCCAUUGCUCUCAAGUUAUACCCCACUUGGAAUCUUGUUAAUACAUUAGUUUACAGAGAAGAAAUGGUUCGAUCAAUGUGUGCUUACAGUUAAAUGCAGUUUAGUCAAUUACUUUCCCUUUCCAUUUUAAGGAUGUAGUAUUGCUGUGAGGGGUUGUUUUGUCCCUCUGACUAAAAUUUAGCAUGUGUCACAUCACAUAAGCGCAUAGACUAAAUGCAAUGCGUUCCAGCGAGGAUCAUGUUUAUACUAUUACAUUUCCGAAAGGCACCAUAUGUUUGAAAUAAACUUCUGUUUCUGAU